CGGACAGCCAUUAUUAAUUUUCUUUUCCUUCUGUUUUUCCAGUCUGCACUCUGCACUCUGCACUAGUCGAAACGCACCGUUUUAAGGGUUUGAAAGACGAGGGGUAGUGGAAGCAGACCUCGCCAUCUCGACCGUGCCGGCGGAUAUACCGAAUCAUUGUUCAUCGCAAUUCACAGAGUUCCAUACUCUUUGCAUCCAGAGACAACGUGAACACAAAAACAAAGGAAACAAGAAUUCUUCAAAAUUUUGGCCAGUUGGACUAUUUACUGGUGGCAAAUGUAAGAGACUAUUAAGAGGAGAACAGAAUGGUGACCAAAAUAUUCCUACAAAACCUAAAUUAUUGGGAACCCAGAGUGUACCCUCCACUGCCCUUUCUUUAUCAUGUUCGAAUCUUCUCUCUGUGGUCAAUGAAGAAGGACCCAGAUCUUGAAUCAUCUCUCAGUCGAAACCGUCGAUGGAUUGUCAAUAAUCAGAUCAAGAAUAUAAUCCUUCGAUGCCCUGAACAAGUAGCAGCAGUUAAGUUUCUCCAGAAAAAGUUCAAAACUCUCGAUCUUCAAGGCAAAGCUCUCAAUUGGCUGAAAAAAUACCCCUGCUGCUUCAAUGUCUAUCUUGAAGGUGAUGAGUACUAUUGUCAACUCACAAAGCGAAUGAUGUCUUUGGUAGAGGAGGAAGAAUCUGUGAAGGAUAUGCAGGAACCAGUGCUUGUGGAGCGAUUAACAAAGUUGUUGAUGAUGAGCAUAAAUCAUAGACUCAAUGUCAUGAAACUCAAUGAGUUAAAGCGAAGUUUUGGAUUUCCAGAUGAUUAUUUGAUUAGAAUUGUGCCAAAGCACCCAGAAAUGUUUCGAAUUGUUAAUUACAGUGGGAGACGGAGUGCAAUGGAGAUUGAACUCUUAUCCUGGAAUCCUGAUUUAGGCAUUUCUGUAAUUGAAAGCUUAGCUCACAGCCAGGGUUCUGAUCCACGGUUUUCAUGUACACUGCCUUCAACUUGGGUGAAAUCAUGGGAGAGAUUUUGUGAAUUUAAUGCAACUCCAUAUAUUUCACCUUAUUUGGAUGCCAGUCAUUUAGUGGAAGGAUCGAAGGAGAUGGAGAAGAGGAUAGUAGGUUUGGUGCAUGAGUUGCUGUCAUUAACCUUGUGGAAGAAAUUGUCGAUUGUGAAGCUAGGUCAUUUUAGAAGAGAGUUUGGUUUACCAGAGAAAUUGAAUGUUUUGCUACUCAAACAUCCUGGAAUAUUUUAUGUUUCAAAUAGGUACCAGAUUUACACAGUUCUUCUUAGAGAAGGAUAUAAUGGGUCAGAACUGAUUGAUAAGGAUCCGCUUGUUGUUGUGAAGGAGAAAUUUGGUGAAUUGAUGCAGGAGGGGCUACAUGAAUAUAAUCGGAGGCACCAUUUAAUGAAUUUAGAAAAGAAGAAGAAGAAAGGCAUGGUAUUGGAAAGUUCACCAAAAAUGAGGGACAAAAGCUCUGAAAUGUCUGAACAAGAUGAUCAUGAGAGUAAUCUAGGAGGUUUAUUGGACCCUGAAGAAAGAAAGCGGUUUUAUAAAGUUCUGUUUGAUGAUGCUGCCUCCUAAGAUUUAAUGAAGAUGGGUGAUUAAACAACAAGAGCACUCUAUGCAAUGAGUUUGCUAUCUAUCAGAAGUUCAGAACUCAAUGUUGAUUGUUGUGUUUGAGAGGUUCUACUUCUACCAGACGCUGGUCAAAUCAAAAAGAGGCAAGAUAUCAGAGAACUUCAUAAAUAUAGGUGAGAGGCCAAACGGAGUUUAUUUUGCAAAUCCCUGUUGAACUCAAUCCCCUUACCUGUGCCUCUAAACUGCUUAGGGGGGCUAUGGAGAAAUUCCUGCAUGGUGUCACCAAAAGUUUUGAUAAUUCAAGUGAGAUCACUGUGUACAGUCUCCAAUGGAAAUGAACCUGUGAUCUGCGAGCUGCCAUAUUGAUUUGAACAUGUCCUUUUUAGUAUACAUUUUCUCCCUUUAUGAGCCCAUAUUAGAGAUGUUCUUUCGCCCUUAAUAAACCCACAUCAAUCACCCUAGAAGUUCACCUUUUUACAGGGUAUGAAUGUGCCGUUUGUUGCUGCUUAUCAUUUCACAUAGAGAUCUAGAGGGUCCCAAAGUUUUAGAUUCCACCUAUCAUUUCACUUCUCUUCAAAGCUUCUGAAGAGGGUUACUGAAAAUCGACCCAAAGUCUCCUUUCUCCAGGUAAAUUUCCAGGUUCCAAAACGUGAAUUCAUAUCUCAAGCUACUCUCUCCCUUCGCAUCCAGCACCACCAAAAGAAAACCCUUUAGAAAAGAACAAAGAGAUGUGAAUAAAAGACAGGUUCCAUUAGCUUUCAUAAAGAGGUUUACACGGUACUCAGCAUAAUACACCCUGAAAAACCUACAGAAUCUCGAGAUAAAGAUUCCCACACCAACCCUAAUUUCUAAAAAGUGACAAAAUCCACAAAUUGACACGGAGAGUGCAACAGCUCAAGCCCUCUCGCCCCUGAUCCUCCUCGCUAGCUGAAUAUCUUUGGGCAUGAUGGUGACCCUCUUGGCGUGAAUCGCGCAGAGAUUGGUGUCCUCGAACAGCCCCACCAAGUAGGCCUCGGCAGCCUCCUGCAAUGCCGCCACGGCGCUGCUCUGGAACCUCAGAUCGGUCUUGAAGUCCUGGGCGAUCUCACGCACCAGCCUCUGAAAAGGAAGCUUCCGGAUCAACAGCUCCGUGCUCUUCUGGUACUUCCUGAUCUCCCUCAGCGCCACCGUUCCAGGCCUGAAGCGGUGAGGCUUCUUGACUCCUCCGGUGGCAGGAGCCGACUUCCUGGCGGCCUUCGUGGCCAACUGCUUCCUAGGGGCUUUGCCUCCGGUGGACUUCCGAGCAGUCUGCUUGGUUCUGGCCAUUUCUGAAGCAGAGUUUCUACAGAGAAUCUUAGGGUUUUGUACGAGUGACAGAGG